GGACGUAGUACCGCAGAGCUCGGAAGUCUUGAGUUCACGAACUGCCUCCUCUGAACGGCCGGCUUCCGAUCGUCCCCCGACGUCGAACUCCGGCCGUGAGGAGGGUUCCUCCUGUAGGGUUCCGGCAGUUUCGGGAAAGCACUCGAAGGCGGGCAUCUCCUUUCGUAACCGGUCCAGACGGUUGGUUUAUCGCUCUUCGUGUUCACAAGCGCUCGAUCGAACUUCUCUUGUCUGAAUUUUUGAAAUGGAAAUUGAUGAGGCGAUAAAAAAGAGCAAGGAUCGGAGGUUGCAGGCUAAGUAUAAGAAUGCAGUCUACGUGAUUCAGAGGGCUUUUGCAUUGUAUUCGUUUGAUGAGGUCGCCUUUAGCUUUAAUGGAGGGAAAGACUCAACGGUCUUAUUGCAUCUGCUAAGAGCUGGUUAUGCCUUGCAUGAGGAACAGAACAAUCGUUCUAAAGGAAUUGUAGAAGGAGGCAAAUCCAAGUGUCCUUUACGGACUAUAUAUUUUGAAAGUCCCUGUGCAUUCCCAGAAAUCAAUGCAUUUACUUAUGAAACUGCCUCCACUUAUAGCUUGCAAUUGGAAAUUAUUCGGCUUGAUUUCAAGGCUGGAUUGGUGGGACUUUUGAAGGAAAAGCCAGUUAAAGCUAUCUUCCUAGGCACACGUAUUGGCGACCCUAAUGCGAUUGGUCAGGAGCAGUUCUCACCAAGCUCAUGUGGAUGGCCACCUUUUAUGAGAGUUAAUCCUAUUCUGGACUGGUCAUACAGGGAUGUUUGGGCCUUUCUUUUGACAUGUAAAGUUCCAUACUGCAGUCUUUAUGACAAGGGGUACACAUCCAUAGGGAGCAUUUAUGACACUGUUCCUAAUUCGUUAUUGUCUGUUAGCGAUUCAUCUAGCUCCAAAGAUAGCUUCAGGCCAGCAUAUUUGCUUGCAGAUGGAAGACUUGAAAGAGCUGGAAGAGUUAAAAAGAUAGCUCAUCCCACCUAUGAAAAAAUACAUGUUAUGAGCAAUGGGAUGAACAAAGUCGGCACCGGUUCAAAGAGUUUGCUGACAGCAUCACUUGUUGCCAUUGGUGAUGAGAUCUUGUUUGGGGCUGUUGAGAAUAAGCUUGCAUCUGUUUUAUGUCGAAAACUUCAUUCCAUAGGCUGGGGAGUCACACAUGCUGCAGCUGUUCCAAAUGAUGUCGAUGCUGUUGCUGAAGAAGUUGAACUGCGGAAAUCCACUAAUGACAUGGUCUUUAUAUAUGGAGCUGUUGGGCCACUGCAUUGUGAUGUUUCCUUGGCUGGAGUUGCGAAAGCUUUUGGAGUUCGUCUGGCACCUGAUGAAGAAUUUGAGGAGUACCUUAGGCAUCUGAUUGGUGACAAAUCCUCUGGAGAGAAAAAUGAGAUGGCUUUACUGCCAGAAGGAAUUACGGAAUUACUACAUCAUGACAUGUUGGCAGUGCCUCUGAUUAAAUGUCAAAAUGUGAUAAUUCUCUCUGCUACAAAUGAUGAUGAGCUGGAAAAACAGUGGAGCUGUUUGCUUGAACUGUCCAACACAAACAAGAUUCUGGUGCCAAUGGCACCAUUUGUCACGAAGCAAUUGCAAACUACACUUUCUGAUAUAGAAAUUGCACAACCUUUGUCAAAAAUAUGCAGUGAAUUUCCAGAUGUUUGCAUAGGGUGCUAUCGUACAUCAAGGACUGGGCAAUGCAUAAUUACUUUCAACGGGAAGGUACAGUGAAUUUGCAAGGAUGAAGAACGAAUUGAUUCAGCUGUUGAGAAACUGUGCCAUUUGUUUCAUCCAUCAGUUUUCUAUGAAAUUACCUGUGGUUGAGACUUUGCUUAUCCUUGUGAUUGUUUUGACGAACUCAAGUACCUCAGAAGACGGAUCCAUGGAAGGGUAACCGUGGUCUCUGUUGUACUACUAGUCCACUACAUUUUUACCCCUUCAAGUUCAGUUUUUCAUAUUCAAUAUGGACGCAUCAGGCGACAUCAGUUCUUCAGUAGUGCCUGCAAGACAUUCUGAAGAGGAAGUGUUUCAACAUAAGCCCGAACAUUUGGUUUCAGAAAUUAAUGGUAAUUCAUAUAGCUGCUUUACCUCGAGGGAAGAGUAAGAGCAAGAAACCAAGAUUCUCAAGACAAAGAUGAUGGCUGAAGAGCCACGGUAUACUUGUAUAAACACUAAUUUCUGGGAAUUGAUGGUUAAAAACAGUAUUUAUGAAAUUGAUUUCUGGUGAAA